AUGCAAAAAAUUAAUUGCUUUAGAGGAUUUGCAUUUUCUGCAAUAAAAAUCCAUUCAUAAAUUGCUAUAAUAGGUGGUGGAACUGCAGGAUUAAAUAUUGCAGCUCAAUUAAUAGGUGAUGGGCAUGCUAUUCCAUAGUAAAUUAGAAUUUUUGAACCAUCUAAGAUGCAUGCUUAUUAACCAGGAUGGACAAUGGUUGGUAAUUGAAUUUUUUCAAAUUAAGGUGGUGGAUUGUGUAAUGUAAAAAAGACAUUGAAACCAAUGGAUUAAGUUUUACCCAAGAAUAUUUCAGUUUCUGAUAGUGCUGUGACUAAAAUAAAUCCUUAACAAAAUGAAAUAGAAACAUAGGAUGGAGGGAUAUAUACAUAUGAUUAAUUAGUUAUUGCAACUGGAAUAUAAACUAAUUUUGAUUAAAUAAAAGGUAUAUAUAUUUAUUUCUAAUCAUCAAUAGGUGCUCAAAAAUAUUUAGAUGAUUUGAAUUCUCCUGUUGCUUCAAUCUAUAAUUAUAAAUAUGCUGUAAAAAUGAAUAGACUUGUAGAGGAAUUUGAAGGAGGAAAUAUCGUAUAUACUGAACCUCCUUUACCAAUUAAAUGUGCAGGAGCUCCUUAAAAAAUUAUAUAUCUUUCACAUGAUCGUUUAAAUAAAAGAGGAAAAAAAACUCAUCAUCAUUUUUAUAAGACAGCUGGAGUUAUUUUUGGUGUUCCCAAAUAUGCUGAAAUACUAACAGAAUUAUGCAAAAAUAAAUAAAUAAAUUGUCAUUUUAAAUAGAAAUUAGUAGAAGUUUAAGAUCAUAUAGCCAUAUUUGAAAAUUAAGAUACAAAAGAACUUAAAUCUGUCACAUUUGAUUUAUUACAUUUAGUUCCACCUUAAGUAUAAAAAAUUAAUAAAUAAGUUUCCUGCUUAAUUUAUAGCAAAAAGUGGUUUAGGAGAUUCAGCUGGAUUUGCACAUGUCAAUCCAAAUACAUUGUAACAUGUAACUUAUAAAAAUAUAUGGUCACUUGGAGAUUGUUCUUCUCUUCCAACUUCUAAGACAGCUGCAGCUGUUAUGGCUUAAACACCAGUUUUAGUGAAAAAUUUAAUAAGAACUUGGAAAUAUAAAUUAGAUCCUAUUCCAGGAUAUUUAGGUUAUUAUUGAAAUAUUAUUUUUAGGAUAUACUUCAUGUCCAAUAUUUACAAGUUAGACUAAAUUAUUACUGGCAGAGUUUAAAUAUAAUUCAGAACUUGAUGAGACUUUUCCAAUAUUUUAAUCAAAUGAAAGUCGAUUAAUGUUUCAUUUAAAAAAAGAUUUCUUUCCAAUAGCAUAUUGGUAGAUCAUGGUAAGAGGUUGGUGGGGAGGUAGAGAUGGUCUAAGAUUCUUUAAAGGUGCAUGA